GGAAAUACACAUUUUAAGACCGCGUCCGGUUCCAUGACAACCGUUACGUACUUAACAAAUUCUGAUUACGUAGACUACAUUUACAAAAUGGAAGCAAGUGCUCUUAUCAAGAAAAAAUAAAGAGAAAACAAAGAGCAUUUCACGAUGUCGGACAGCAUUGCAGACAGUGGACAUGACACUAACUCCAGCAUUGGGACAAGUAACACAAAUACAUCAGAAAUAACUGGAACCCUGGGAAAAAUCAACAGCAACAACAACAAUAAAUAUCUGAACUACAAUAAUAGUGAUAUACUUCCGAAGCUACCCUCCCACAAGUUUCGUUACUCAGUAUGGCACGAUCUUCGAGAAACAUGUUUAAGUGGGGACCAGUUACAUGCUCCACGGGUUAGAGCUGGUCCACCAGAAAAAGAGAAACAGUUUAACAGUGUGAUAGAAGAUGGCCUACCUAUCCACCAUGAUAUGACAGGCAAGAGAAGACAGAAUCAUAUGAACCAGUUAGAGAACUGGGAAGGGGCAGAGGUAAUCAACCUGUGUUACCAAGAGUUGUGUCAUGAGUACCAGUGGAAGAAUUUCUACAGAAUUCUUGCAAAAUGUCAGUCAGCUGUGACAAUCAACCUGUCAUACAACACAAUGGUCUCUCUGAAACAAAUCAAAUUUUCCAGGUGUGAGUACAUCAACUUGCAUGCAAAUUACCUUGGUUCAAUAAAGCUAAAUUAA